AUGGGUAUCUGGGACGCCUUUUCCGAGAUCGUCGAGGCCGUGACGCCAUGGAGCGUCGUCGAGGCUGAGGCCCCUGCCGAAGAGCCCAAGGAGGAGCAGGCUGCCGAGACUGAGUCCAAGGACGAAGAAUCCUCCGAGGAGGCUACUGAGGAAGCUACCGAGGACGCCGAGGAAGAGGAGGAGGAGGAGGAGGAAGAAGAGGAAGAUGAUGAGGAAGAGAUUGUUGACCCCAAGGAGACUCUUGAGGAAGAAUGCAAAAACUCUGCUCAAUGCGCUCCCUCCAAGCACCAUUUCGACGAGUGCGUCGAGCGCGUACAGCAGCAGGAGAGCGAAGGCGAGGCCAAGGAGGACUGUGUCGAGGAGUUCUUCCACCUUGCUCACUGCGCGACCGCCUGCGCCGCCCCCAAGCUGUGGUCUAAGCUCCGAUAA